AUCUUCUUAUAUAACUCCAUAGAGAACGGAAAGUAGAGAUUUCUUUUUAUAUUAGGGUUUUUAUCUUCUCCUCUCCCCCUGUGACUUCUUGAGUUGGUUCUCUUCCUUUGAAACAGAAAAGUUAUGAAGAAGAAGCUCCAAACCCGUUUUCCAGCGACAAGGAUUAAGAAGAUUAUGCAGACUGAUGAAGAUGUAGGGAAAAUAGCAAUGGCGGUUCCUCUUCUUGUCUCUAAAGCUUUGGAGCUGUUUUUACAAGACUUGUGUAAUCACACUUAUGAUGUAACUCUUAGUCGCGGCGCAAAAACAGUCAGCUCUGUUCAUUUGAAGCAGUGCGUGCACGCGUUUAAUGUCUUUGAUUUUCUAAGAGAAAUUGUUGGUAAAGUUCCUGAUUUAGGUGGCUCAGAAUCUGAAGACAGACCUGCUACCAAAAGAAGGAAACUUGUGGAUGAAAGUAUUAGUAACGAUGAAGCUAUGAAGACCACUGAACAUAGUGGCGGUGGCAGAGGAAGACGUGGUAGAGGACGUGGAGGGUGUGGUGUAAGAACGGGUAAUGAUCAGUCUCUAAAGUUUGAUGAUGUUUCACCUGAAGGCAGCAAGAGCCCAUCUCCUGAAAACUGGAGCCUUUCUGCAACUUGGAAGGAAGCUGCUACCUCACACAAGAGCAAUCACAGCAACUUAGAGUUAAAAGUAAUAAGGGACUUUGAUCUGAAUGUAGAACUAGAUGAGAGUGGAGAGUUUGCUACAUCCCCGGAAAGAGGGCUAGAGGGAAGACCAGUUUGGCCGUUGUUUGGGAUCAGUGAAAUUAAAAUAGAUAGUGAUCAACGAGAGGUUAGUGCUGAUGAGGAAGAUUAUGAUGAAGAAUGAAGUUUAGGGGGUUUGUUUUCAGAUUAGGUGACAUGACUUCAGAUAAAGGUUAACAGAAAACAAGUUAGGAACUAAACACACUGUAGUAUAUAAAGAAGCAUGUGUGUAGCACAUUGGAGUAUGGAAGAAAUCUUUAAUAAU